ACACGCCUAUCUUUAACUUCAAUCACCAUAUCAUGGCUGUAUCAAAGCAUACGUUGGACGAAGAGUCUGAGUAUUUUCUUGACCUGAUAAAUGCGACAGCGGGAACUAAGCCACCCAGUGAAUUGUCAGUCGAGGAGGCAAGAUACCAUGAUGAUGCCACGUCACGGUUAUUUGGUGGUGAAAUCGUAUUCGAUGGAGACAUUAAUGAUAUCAAAACAGAGCAUAACAUUGCCGGAAAGAGUGUUUGUAUCAUCGUAAGAGUCUACAAACCCACUAUCUGUCAAGAUGACCCACCAAUUUUGAUAUACUUUCAUGGCGGUGGUUUUGUGAUGGGUCAAUUACACAGCGUGGAGACGACAUGCAAAAAGAUUGCCUGCUUAUCUAAAUGCAUAGUGGUUAGCGUUGACUAUAGACUAGCACCAGAGUACAAAUAUCCUACGUGUUUUUAUGAUGGUAUUUGUACUACUAAGUGGGUGAUUGGAAAUAAGACUACCAUUGGAGGAAAUGAGCAAAGCAUUGUGGGAGUAUGUGGUAGCAGUGCUGGUGGCACCAUUGCAGCGGUCGUUGCCAUAGAAGUUCCAAGUGUCAGUUUCCAG